GUGAGGCGUUCAUUGCUAAGGUGUGCUGGGUUGCGUGCACACAUACACACACACACACACACAUACGCACGCACGCACAUAGUAUACACGCACACGCACACACACACGCACUUCCUCGUCUUCGCUUUCGUCAGGAGUGCUUCAAGAUGCACAGCGCAGGCGUGGCGGCGGCGGGCGUGGCGCUGCUGGUGGUGGCGGCGCUGUGUGGCGGUGCGCGGGGCGCCAAGCUGCCGCCGCUGGAGCCAUCCUCGCUCAAUGAGAUUCCCUCCGCGGGCGCCGCGGGAGCUGACUAUGGCUACCUGGUGCCCACGCCCUCGCUGCCGGCGGGCACAGGGGCGUGCGCCACCACCAUCAUCACUGAGUACGCGGAGGAGGUGGUGACUGAGACGGUGACGGAGACGGCGCCGGGCGAGGUGGUGGUGGAGACGACCACAGUGCUGUCCACCACCACCGUCACCACCGCCUUCAGUGAGGUGGUGACCGCCACCGUCACCACCACAGACUACACCACCUUGGACGUCACCACCACGGACACCACCACGGAGACCACCACCAUCGCCUCCACCACCACCCUGCCUGCCGCCACCGUCACCGCCACCGUCACGGAGACAGAGGUCACCACCGCGGUGGAGGCCUCCACGCGCCUGGAGGUGGAGACCAGCGUGGUGGAGAACACUGUGGUGGAAACCGAGGCCUCCACCGUGCUGGUGCCCACCGUGGUGGCCGUCACCGACACGCAGCUGGUGACGGAGACGCAGCUUACCACACUGGCGGCGGUGACGGAGACGGUGCCCGAAGUGGUGACAGAGGCUUCGGUGGAGUACGUGACGGUGCCGGGCCAGCAGGUCACCAUGACCCUCACCGUCACCGACACCGUCACCACCACGGCCGUCACCACGCUGCCGGCCGUCACCUCCGAGGUGGUUUCCAUUGAGGUGGUGCCGUCCGUCACGGUGGUGGUGGAGACGGAGGUGGUAGCUGUGACGCAGACGGAGGCGGUGACGGAGACGGAGGUGGUGAGCGUGGUGGAGACUGUGGUGGAGACGGAGGUGGUGCCCACUACGGAGUACGAGGUGGAGACUGUGGUGUCCACCGUGACGGAGGAGUUCCCCGUCACGUCAGUGGUGGAGGAGACCAGCGUGGCGGUGGAGACUGUCACCACCACGCUACCGCCGCCGCCCGCCGUUACUGUGGUGGUGACAGAGGCACAGGCUGUGGUGGAGACCGUGUCAGUCCCUGGCGGCGUCACGUACGUCACCACCACCGUGCUCGUGCCGCAGGUCGUCACCUCCACGGCUCUCGUCACCAGUACGGCGGUGCGCACGGAAGUCACCACCAAGACGCUGCCACCUUCCUGUGGACACGGCGGCGGAUACUCUUACAAUCACCCCAACGCGCCCCUCAAGCUGCCCGGCAUGUACUAGCCUUAACGCCCCCAUUCCCGCCCACGCCUCCUCCUCCUCCUCCUCCUCUUCUCUUCUCUUCAUUUCCCUGUGACUCACUUGUAACCUUUCUGUCUAAUUUAUACAUGGCAUUUUGUUUUACUUUUCCUCGAUCUUCUUUCUCUUCCUUCUUCAUUUUUGUCUUUCAUGAGUGAGGUAAUUUUUUUUUUCUUCUUUCUUUUCCCUUUACACUUCCCCCUCCUCCUCCUCCACCUCCUCACCUCAAUUCUUCCCGCCACUCAAUAAAAAAAAAAAAAAAACUACCACCACUACCUCUACUACCACCACUGUUACCCUCACCCUCCUCAUUGUAUUUGUAUGAUAAGUAGCCAUUAAUUAAGAGUGUGAAUAUUAUAUUUUUCUUUAACAAACCUGUAAAGUGUUGCUGGACUUCAUUGAGUGGAGUCUGUGUUGUGUAGAGACUAUUCAUUUUUGUAUCAUGUAAAUGUUUGUGUUGCGCCAA